UCCCCCCCGGAGAUCUUCGGGCGAGGCGAUGUCGGCGUUCUCGGAGUCGGCGCUGGAGCGGAAGCUGCUGGAGCUGAGCAACUCUCAGCAGAGCGUGCAGACCCUGAGCCUGUGGCUCAUCCACCACAGAAAGCACUCGCCCCUCAUCGUCGCCGUGUGGGAGCGGGAGCUGCGCAAAGCAAAACCAAACAGGAAGCUUACAUUCUUGUAUCUGGCCAAUGAUGUAAUUCAGAACAGCAAAAGAAAAGGACCUGAAUUUACAAAAGACUUCGCACCAGUCAUAGUUGAGGCCUUCAAACAUGUUUCCAGCGAGACUGAUGAGAGUUGUAAGAAGCACCUGGGUCGAGUGCUGUCUAUUUGGGAAGAAAGAUCUGUUUAUGAAAACGAUGUAUUGGAACAGCUUAGGCAGGCUUUGUAUGGCGAUAAAAACCCAAGAAAACGCCCAUAUGAACAGAUAAAUGUGGAAGACAAUAAUUGCUCAACACAAAGUUCUCCAUGUGAUCCUCCACAGACUGCAGAUCUCAUAAGAGCAUUGCAAGAAUUAGAAAAUGCAGCCUCUGGGGAUGCAGCAGUUCAUCAGAGAAUAGCCUCUUUACCUGUAGAGGUUCAAGACGUGUCCUUGCUUGACAGAAUAACAGACAAAGAAUCAGGAGAGCAGCUUUCCAAGAUGGUAGAUGACGCGUGUAUGUUGCUGGCGGAUUACAAUGGCAGGUUGGCAGCUGAAAUAGAUGAUAGGAAACAGCUAACUCGGAUGUUGUCAGACUUUCUGCGAUGCCAAAAAGAAGUCCUCUCAGAGAAAGAGCAAACAUUGGAAGAAUACAAGCGCAAGUUAGCCAGAGUCUCUCAGGUACGGAAAGAACUCAAGUCACGGAUCCAGACCCUUCCUGACCUUUCACGACUCCCCAAUGUCACAGGAAGUCAGGUGCAUCUUCCGUUUGCGGGAGAUGUCUAUAAUGAUGAUUGACAUUCAGAUGUUCCACUGGAAUGAGGAAUUGGGCAGAUGGAUUGAUAUUAUUUUUGUAUAUUUGUUGAGAGUAGCACUUCAGUGUUCUAAUUUAUAAGAAAUGUCAAAUGUUGCUUUGUUUACUGUGUUACUGAAACUGUGGUGAAGCAGGUACUAUGUAAGAGGCAGAAUCUCUGUGUUAUUAUGUUUAAAAGAAAGAGUGAUUAUUACAACUUAACUUUUGUACUCACUUUGAUUAGAUCCAGGAGAACAUUGUUUCUAUUUUGCUUUUUCUUAUGUGAUCUUUACUGGAUUAUAGGUCUAAUAAUUUAAUCAUAUAAGACUCUGCACAUAGUAAGUGAAGAAAUGCAAAAAUAGGUAUUUUGACUCCUGCAAUUUGGUUUGAAAUGUGACAGUAAUUUUUUUCUUCACCAAAAAAGUCAUUGUCUUAAUGUCCUUUUAAAAACUUUUGAAUACAAAUUAUAUUAAAAACAGAUGUUGAAUGACCAAAAA